AACGCAAGGGAGGGCAUGACGGAAGAACUUGCUGUUUCUCUCUCUCUCUUGUUCUUAUCCAUCGCAUUGAAAAGCAGCACCAUCACCACACCACACCACACCUUGUUUUCAUAAAUAUGGGACUCUCAGCCUCAGCCUCAGCCAUGUCCACCUUCUUCCCUUCUUCUAUCAGCUGACUCAUCGACCUCUGUUCAUUCGGAUGGAGCCUAUGGACAUAGUUGGAAAAGCCAAGGAAGACGCUUCGCUUCCUAAAGCAACAAUGACGAAAAUUAUCAAGGAGAUGUUGCCCCCGGACGUGCGUGUUGCCAGAGAUGCACAGGAUUUGUUGAUCGAAUGUUGUGUCGAGUUUAUAAACCUUGUCUCAUCUGAGUCCAAUGAAGUCUGUAACAAAGAGGAAAGAAGGACGAUUGCACCGGAGCACGUGUUGAAGGCAUUAGGGGUUCUUGGAUUUGGUGACUACAUCGAGGAAGUUUAUGCAGCAUAUGAACAACACAAGCUGGAGACAAUGCAAGACUCUUUGAAAGGUGCCAAGUGGAGCAACAGGGCUGAGAUGACAGAGGAAGAAGCAUUGGCUGAGCAGCAAAGGAUGUUUGCAGAGGCCCGUGCUAGAAUGAAUGGAGGAGCCAUUACUCCCAAGCAGCCUGACGCUGACCAAAGUUUAGAGAGCUAACUUAGGACCUUUAUUUUCUUAAAGCAUAGGCAAGCAUCUCCCGACUCUGUCCUAUGCCUUGAUUAGCUCGAUUUUGCACAAAUACCCAUUCACUAGUUUGAUGGCCUACGUGAAUGUGCUCGACAUUUGUGUUCUUUUUAGUAAUAUUUGUAAGUUAAUGUAAUUAUUGGAGUUCGUCUAAACCUUCGUUUAUUUAGAAUUACAUGUAAAUUAUUUCCAUUUACCUGUUGUAUCUCUUAAACUAGAA